GGGGAGGGCGUGCUGGUGAAGGAUGGAGGGGCCAGAGCAGGAGAAAUGCAAAAUGGUCCAAGCAGUCUGUUUCUAAUAAAGUGCCAGAGUCUGCAAAUGAUUGACUAAAAAAACCCAAAUCCAAUCCAAUGAAGAGAAUUCAGAGCCACCCCUUAAUGAGGUCACUCAUACCCACCUUCCUGAUCAGCUUUUUUCAUGUGCAGAUAUGCAAGAGACCGUGCCUAACCCCUCCAAACUCAUCUUCGUCCAUUUCCAUAUGGCAAUGUCUGUGAUAGAAUCUAACGUGGGCCACAUUUUGCAGAUAAACAAAUGGGAGCAUAGAGAAGCUGGAUAACCCGCUGUCUCAGUCGGCUCAGGCUGCCCUAACAAAAUGCCAUAGAUGGGGUGGCCUAAACAAGAUUUAUUUCUCACAAUUUCGGAGGCUGGAAGUCCAAGAACAAGGUGCAAGCCAAUUCGGUUCCCGGGGAGGAACCGGAUUGCUGGUUCUCUUCCUGGUUUGCACACUGAUGCCGGUCUCGUCCUCAGCCUGGUGGAGAGAGAGAGAGAGCACGUGUGCUCUGGUGUCUCUUCCUUUUGGAUUAGGGCUCCACCCUUAUGACCUCAUUUAACCUUUAUCACCUCCUCACAGGCCCUGUCUCCAAAUAUAGUCACAUUAGGGGUUAGUACAUCAACAUAUGAAUUGGGGUGGGAGAGCACACAAACUUUCAGUCCCUAACACCUGCCAGGGGUCACACAGCCAAUCACUGGGAUUUGAACAUAGGCAGUGCCCCUUUGGGGACCUAGGCCUCUAACAACCAGACUUAACUACCUCAGGAUGUGUUGUAUGUGAAUGCUGCCCGUCUGAGAGAGAAGUGCUCCUCUGGGAAGAAGUGUUCAAUGAUCCUUUACAAAUCCAUAGGACCUUGUCCCCACCUGGCCUGAUCCCACCCCAGGGUGAUCCUGGUGAUCCUUCUGGAAGAAGUUGGGCCGAGAGGGUGGCAUGGAGGUGAACCAGACCUGAAACAUAAUGCUUGAAUCUGGGGGUUCUCCUGUUUGCAGUUUACUCAGAGCAGGCCCCAGGCUCCAGUCUGGAUUCCAUCAGGAAUGGACUGCGUGACCUUGGGGGAGUCCCUCCACAUCUUCCUGCCCUGUGUUCCUGCCUCGGUGACCUCAACCCCUGUUCCCUGACCGGUGGCCGCUGGGGGCCAUUCCGUGGGCCAGGAGGUCGGUGCCCCCUCCCACCCCCCACCGCUGCAGGCGCCCGGUUCCCACCCUGGACCGCGCAGGUGGGAAAGGGGCGGCGUGCGGCGCGCCCGGCGGGCAGGGAUCGGUGGUGUCGCCCCGUUCGCCACAGGCCCCCCCGAAGCCACGCCGAGUCCUCUGCGGCCGCAGGGAGGGAGCGCGGGGGGCCGCCCGCGCACGUCGCCGACCCGCUCCGCACGCCCGCCCGCUCCGGGCCCGGCCCGGCCCCGCCCCCAUCCCCCGUGGUCCCCGCCGCCCCAGACGCCCGCCCGGCGCCCCCCGGCCCUCGGGGGGGCUGCACUCCCCCCCCGGGCGGGCCCCCAGCCGCCGCCCCUCCCGGGCGCCCUCUCCCUCCCGCUCCCCGCGCGCCCCCCUCCCGGCCGCCAGCCAACUGCGUGCCCCCGGGGCCGGCAAGAAGCCACAUGCCCCCGCAAGGAAUGCCGGGCCUGGCGGGCGGGGGGCGGCGCUGGGCAGGGCCGGGCCGGGCAGGGCAGGGAGCUCCCCGCCGGGAAGGUUGGUGAGAGGGAGAGAGCGGCCCGCGCCCUCCCCGGCCCCCCGCGCCGCCCCUGCGCCCGGCCGCGGGACCUCACACUUUCCCCGCCGGACACGCGGGCGGGAAGCUCCGCGGGGCUGCGGGGGCGGGGGGGCCGGGGCGGGGCGGCUCGGCCCGCCCGGGCAGCCCCCGCCCCCCUCCGCGCGCCCCCCGGCCCCGCCGGCUCCGAGGAGGGGGCAGGCCGUCGUGUUUCCCCGCACCCCUCCCAGCCGCCGCCGGCUUUGGGGCCCCGGUGGGGAGCAGGGGGCUGAUUAGCCGAGGAGCAGGGGUGUGGCCAGCGGGGCCCCGGGUAGUGAGUCACACACGCUGUUCGCCCAGUCCCGGGCCGCGAGCGCGGUCCCAGCCAGAGCCGCGCGCCACCCUGGCCCGAAGAGUGUCCCUGGGCUUGGCAUGAGGACCCCGGGGUGCCGAGGGAGGGGCUGAAGCCCGGCGCGGUGGUGGAGGAGGGCGGACAGAAUGACUGACAACAUGAAGGAGUGCCUGGCGCAGACCAAGGCGGCCGUGGGGGAUAUGGUGACCGUGGUGAAGACCGAGGUCUGCUCACCACUCCGAGACCAGGAGUAUGGCCAGCCCUGCUCUAGGAGACCAGACCCCUCAACCAUGGAAAUGGAGCCCAAGAAACUGAAGGGAAAGCGUGAGCUCAUCAUGCCCAAAAGCUUCCAGCAAGUGGACUUCUGGUUCUGCGAGUCCUGCCAGGAGUACUUUGUGGAUGAGUGCCCGAACCACGGUCCCCCAGUGUUUGUGUCCGACACGCCAGUGCCCGUGGGCAUCCCAGACAGGGCUGCCCUCACCAUCCCGCAGGGCAUGGAGGUGGUCAAGGAAGCCAGUGGGGAGAAUGACGUGCGAUGCAUAAAUGAGGUCAUCCCCAAGGGCCACAUCUUCGGCCCCUAUGAGGGGCAGAUCUCCACCCAGGACAAAUCAGCUGGCUGCUUCUCCUGGCUGAUUGUGGACAAGAAUAACCGCUACAAGUCCAUAGAUGGGUCAGAUGAGACUAAAGCCAACUGGAUGAGGUACGUGGUCAUCUCCCGGGAGGAGAGGGAGCAGAACCUGCUGGCGUUCCAGCACAACGAGCGCAUCUACUUCCGGGCGUGCAGGGACAUCCGGCCCGGGGAGCGGCUCCGGGUCUGGUACAGCGAGGACUACAUGAAGCGUCUACACAGCAUGUCGCAGGAAACCAUCCACCGCAAUCUGGCCAGAGGAGAGAAGAGGUUGCAGAGGGAGAAGUCUGAGCAGGCUCUGGAUAACCCAGAAGACCUGAGGGGUCCCCUUCAGCUCCCCGUGUUGAGACAGGGCAAAAGUCCGUACAAGCGUGGCUUUGACGAGGGGGACACGCACCCCCAGGCCAAGAAGAAGAAGAUUGACCUCAUUUUCAAGGAUGUGUUGGAGGCUUCACUGGAAUCCGCGAAGGUGGAAGCGCAUCAGCUGGCCUUGAGCACCUCGCUGGUCAUCAGGAAGGUCCCCAAGUACCAGGAUGAUGCCUACAGUCGGUGUGCAAUGAGCAUGUCGCAUGGCGUGCAGAAUGUCAGCCGGACCCAGGGGGAAGGGGACUGGAAGAUCCCCCAGGGGGCUUCCAAGGAGCCCAGGGGGCUUCCGUUGGAGGAUGAAGAAGAAGAGCCUUCGUCCUUCAAGGCCGACAGUCCCGCCGAGGCCUCCCUUGCGUCCGACCCUCACGAGCUUCCCACCACCUCCUUUUGCCCUAAUUGUAUUCGCCUAAAGAAGAAGGUCCGGGAACUCCAGGCCGAACUAGACAUGCUUAAGUCUGGGAAGCUUCCCGAACCUCCCGUAUUGCCAGCUCAGGUACUGGAGCUCCCAGAGUUCUCGGACCCCGCAGCCUCCGAGAGCAUGGUCUCCGGCCCCGCCAUCAUGGAGGACGACGACCAGGAGGUCGACUCUGCCGACGAGUCCGUCUCCAAUGACAUGACGACCGCCACCGACGAGCCCUCCAAGAUGUCCUCCGCCACCGGGCGCCGCAUCCGGCGCUUCAAGCAGGAAUGGCUGAAGAAGUUCUGGUUCCUGCGGUACUCCCCGACGCUCAACGAGAUGUGGUGUCACGUGUGCCGACAGUACACCGUGCAGUCCUCCCGCACGUCGGCCUUCAUCAUCGGCUCCAAGCAGUUCAAGAUCCACACCAUCAAACUGCACAGCCAGAGCAACCUGCACAAGAAGUGCUUGCAGCUGUACAAGCUCCGCAUGCACCCCGAGAAGACGGAGGAGAUGUGCCGCAACAUGACCCUGCUCUUCAACACCGCCUACCACCUGGCCCUCGAGGGCCGGCCCUACCUGGACUUCCGGCCCCUGGCCGAGCUCCUGCGCAAGUGCGAGCUCAAGGUGGUGGACCAGUACAUGAACGAGGGCGACUGCCAGAUCCUCAUUCACCACAUCGCCCGCGCGCUGCGGGAGGACCUGGUGGAGCGCAUCCGCCAGUCGCCCUGCCUCAGCAUCAUCCUGGACGGGCAGAGCGACGACCUGCUGGCCGACACGGUGGCCGUCUACGUCCAGUACACCAGCAGCGAUGGGCCCCCGGCCACCGAGUUCCUGUCCCUGCAGGAACUGGGCUUCUCCAGCACGGAGAGCUACCUGCAGGCGCUCGACCGGGCCUUUUCGGCCUUGGGCAUCCGGCUGCAGGACGAGAAGCCCACCGUCGGCCUGGGCAUCGACGGGGCCAACGUCACGGCCAGCCUGCGUGCCAGCAUGUUCAUGACGAUCCGCAAGACACUGCCCUGGUUGCUGUGCCUGCCCUUCAUGGUGCACCGGCCCCACCUGGAGGUCCUGGACGCCAUCAGCGGGAAGGAGCUCCCGUGCCUGGAGGAGCUAGAGAACAAUCUGAAGCAGCUGCUGAGCUUCUACCGGUACUCGCCGCGCCUCAUGUGCGAGCUCCGGUCCACGGCAUCGACCCUGUGCGAGGAGACGGAGUUCUUGGGGGACAUCCGCGCCGUGAGGUGGAUCAUCGGGGAGCAGAACGUCCUCAACGCCCUCAUUAAAGACUACCUGGAGGUGGUGGCCCACCUCAAGGACGUCAGCAGCCAGACCCAGCGGGCCGACGCGUCCGCCAUUGCGCUGGCCCUGCUGCAGUUCCUCAUGGACUACCAGUCCGUCAAACUCAUCUACUUCCUCCUGGACGUGAUCGCCGUGCUCUCGCGCCUGGCCUACGUCUUCCAGGGCGAGUACCUCCUGGUGUCCCAGGUGGACGACAAGAUCGAGGAGGCCAUCCAGGAGAUCAGCCGGCUGGCCGACUCCCCAGGGGAGUACCUGCAGGAGUUCGAGGAGAACUUUCGAGAGAGCUUCAACGGGAUUGCAGUGAAGAACCUCAGGGUGGCCGAGGCCAAGUUCCAGUCCGUCAGGGAGAAGAUCUGCCAGAAGACCCAGGUGAUCCUGGCUCAGAGGUUCGAUUCCCGAAGCCGGAUCUUCGUGAAGGCCUGCCAGGUGUUCGACCUGGCCGCCUGGCCCAGGAACAGCGAGGAGCUCCUGAGCUACGGCAAGGAGGACAUGGUGCAGAUAUUUGAUCACCUGGAGGCCAUCCCAACCUUCUCCCGGGAUAUCUGCCGGGAGGGGCUGGACCCCCGGGGCAGCCUGUUGAUGGAGUGGCGGGAACUGAAGGCGGAUUACUACACCAAAAAUGGCUUCAAAGACCUGAUCGGCCACAUCUGCAAGUACAAACAGCGCUUCCCGCUCUUGAACAAGAUCAUCCAGGUCCUCAAAGUCCUCCCCACGUCCACCGCGUGCUGCGAGAAAGGCCGCAAUGCCCUGCAGCGAGUUCGCAAAAACCACCGCUCCCGCCUGACCCUGGAGCAGCUCAGCGACCUGUUGACCAUUGCUGUGAACGGCCCGCCGAUCACCAACUUCGAUGCCAAGCGAGCCCUGGACAGCUGGUUUGAGGAGAAGUCGGGCAACAGUUACGCGCUCUCCGCCGAGGUCCUCAGCAGGAUGUCGGCGCUGGAACAGAAACCCGUGUUGCAGACCGUGGACCCCGGGUCUGAGUUUUACCCGGACAUCUAGGGGGCCGGCGUCCCAGAGUUCACUAAGCUGUUGAAUAUUUUUUUAAUCUAUACUCAUAAGCUUUGAUAUAUUAUAUAAAUAUAUAUUAUAUUAUAUAUAUAUAUAUAUAUAUAUAAGCCCACACUGAAAAUUUUUAAAAACCAAGGUGAUGUGUCCACCAGAAGCCACUGGGAGCUUUCACAAAGGAAUGAUGUUGGAAACGGACUCUUGUCUACAAGAUCUGGCAGCUGCAACCUCCGUGGCCAUCCUUUUCCCUCACGGAAGCACGUGCUGGGGCCACAUGCGUUCCCACCUAACAGUCAACCAACAGCCUAAGCUAAAAUGACGGGUCUUUGUCAUCACCUCUAGGUGGUUUGUUGUAUGUUUUUGCUCGGGGGUUGAGGGGUUUGGGUUUGGGUUUACGUUCUUGCCUUUCCUUUUCUCGUGUGGUCUGCGAUGGGGUUCUCAGCCCCUUCGUGGACACGCUGGUGGAGCUGAACCCCAUCUCUGAUCUGGGAUGGGGUGGGUGGUGUAUCUGGAUUGGCGUGUGUGACUCUUUCCCUCUCCCACCUGAUUUCAGCUUGAGAGGUUUGUAUGCAUUUCCUGAUGAGCGUUCCUUCACUGUCUUAGAAACUAACGUGUCGGUCAAACUGUGACACCCACCACUUCCCCACCUCUGUCGCCUCUCCCGUCCCUGGGUUAUGGAUUCCUUCCUUCCGGCCCCCUGGAUCCUAAAGAUCUUACCUGUUAUACUGAAGGCAAAAUUGCCUUACCACCGAGCUUGAAAUCCUGGGGAAGGGACAAGGUGUGUGUGUAAAGGGGGUGGGGGGGGGAUUUUUUGCAUUCCUGUUCUUACAUAGUGUGAGGUAAAAUAAUAUAAUUCCAGUCAGAUGCAGGACUGGGGGGAGGGGGGUUGGGGAAUGAAGAGCCAAGAAAUCCAGACCCUAACAGGGCAGCGAUUUUUGGCUAAAAACAAGUAAAAUGAAAGGUAUGUAUUCCAUUUACAUGAAUUAUUUAUGCUCUGUCUUUAUAAUCACAUAAUGUGUUGCUGUUCCUUUAAUAAUCAAAUGCCUGCUCUAGUUCAGUGGCAGGAGAUGUCAAUGCAAAUUGUGCCCUGGGUUAUGCGUGACUCGAAGGAGGGUCUCUAGAGCUUGAGGCCUUCUUUUGCGACAAGGCUGGUACCAAACGCUUCAGCCUGGCAGGAGGCAGUGGGCAACCAGGCGUUGCAUCUGUGCUGGUGAAUGCUUCCUUUUCUUUGAACAGGGUAGAGAUGUCCUAAAGAAAAAGGAAUAAAAAAGAGGCCAGACAGGACUCUCAAGGCAUCUGCCUACACGCACACACACCUACCCACACACACAACCACGAUAUAAGCUUUAGAAAUAGCCACUCGCCUACUCCCUGGGGCAAAUAGUGGUUUAAGCUAGAGGAGUCUGAUCAAUGCUCUUUUGUUCAUUUAACUACCAGUAUACCUCGCAAGGGAGUUUAAAAAAAAAAAAAAAAUGUGCGUGAGCUGUUAAAAACUUCUGUUCAUGUUUCCCCAUCUGAUUUAUGCAUAUUGGAUGUGCAGGGACCCUGUAUUGUGGAUGCAGGUCCGAUGUCGGGGAGGGAGGAAGAGCUGCAGUGUCCGUGGUCAGUUCUGCUGGGAGCUACCCCUCUCCCUUGGCAGAGGGUGGGCAAAGGACGGUGUGAUCUGGCCACAGGCAAGGCCCCCGUGACCCCACCCUGCCUGGCUCAGACAUAAUACUGCGGUGGCUUCCUUCCUUCUUGGUUUAUCUUGUCUCUGAGGCCUCAUGCCACUGUCGAGAACCAUAGUGGAAAUGUCAUCAACACUGAACAUGUCACUACCCCUUCCUCGUCCUGCCAGUCCCCUCACCCCCCACACAUCCCUUCCUCCUACCCCUAUGGUCUUGGUGCUAAGAUAACUUUAGAAUCAUUGCUGCUAGCCGAUAGCUUUUCAUUAUAUAAAUAUAUUAUAUAUAUAUUAUAUAUUAUUUUUGAAACUUUUUUGUUCAUUUUCAACAGUGAUGUAGCAUGUUAAAAAACAAGAAACAAACAAACAAAAAACUGGUUUUCUCCGACUGUCCCACUGCCAGGCCUCAUAUGCUGCCUUCUUCAACAAAUCAAUGCACCCCCCGCCUGGUGACAUUCACCCCCCAGCCGCCUCCCCAGUCCCACGUACUUCCCCACCCUCCUCUGAACAAGGAGAGAGCAGGAACUAGCGAGGAAGUGUCCAAAGCUCUUUCUGAGGCUUUGAGCCAAUUCCCAGCCUUGUACCGUGUCCCUACUUUAAGCUGAUGAGCCCCCCCACCAACUAAACCCCCCAACCUACCCCCCUGCUUUUCCCGUCCCGGUCAGUAAUCGUGGUCAAGUGGGAUACUGUUGCAAAGCACAAGGUUUCACCUUUCCCUCCCUGAUAUCCUCUCCACCACAUACAUAAACUAUCACGUCUGUGGGAGUUUGACCAUCGCACAGACUAAGUAAGAUGGGUUGAGGGCAGAGAUGGCUGGCAAGGGGGCCUUGGUGGGGGCCAGAAACAGUAGGUCGGGAUCCUUUCUUCUAGCCACCAGAUGCCUUACACCUUCUCCUUUCCCCUCUGCCCCCCUCCACCCACUACAUUAGAGCCAUCCCCUGGGUCACUCAUUUGAAAACCAGGAAGAGAGAAUGAUUGAUGUCUGCCUGAGCACAAGUCAGGGCUGUGGCUGUUUCAGGAGGGCCGUGGCCAAAAUGAGCUCAAAUUUUUAUCCAGGGGGAGAAAUAAAUCCUUUGGGCCUACGCCAACAUCUACCCUGUGUCUCCCGAGAGAGCAGGGAGCUGGUGAGCUGCCUCUGGGCUAGAAGCACGAGCUGCUGCUAAUAGCGUGGGACUGCAGGUGUCCGUGCGUCAGGCAGGGCGAGCUCUCCUGGGGGUCUCGAAGUUUGGCAAGGCGCUCUAAAACUCUGGGUGCUCACGACCUCUGUUGAAUCCAGCCAAGCCUGGGCUGUGUCAGGCACUCUGAAGGUCACUUUGCCUUGGGACAGGGAGUAACCAGGGAACAAUUUGGGUGACACACCACUGCAAUUUACACAGGGUCUUUUUCAAGCUGGAUGCUCCCAGGAGGCUCAGUGCUUCCAUCCUGUGAAUGCUGCAUGUGAUUUCUAUCCUAGGAGUUUCCACUCUUCUGCCUCCUUGGGAAAGACUCUUGGGCUAAUGGGACCCACAGGGCCUAGCCUAGGGAACCAGAUGCUUACCUAGCCUGUUCUCCCUUUGAUGCGCGUAAAAAGCUGUGGCCGGGCCGUCCUGGCAUCUCGAACGUGGUCACUUCAGAUGCAGUCGAGCCCUUUAGCUCAGCCACUGGCUUUGAAGGACAUGUUUGUCUCUGGGGUUGAGACUCGUCCUAGUUGGGCUGGCUGACUAGUGACUUUCUUUGGCUUGUAGAGGGGGGUGGGAAGUGAGUUCAGGUUCAUGGCCAUUUAGAUCAAGCAGAUACGUUGCCGAGCUCGGGAGCCCCAAGCCCUUGUGAUGAAAAUGGUUUGCUUCUCCUCUGUGGAGGAAAAAGACACCCAUGGCCAUCCAGUAUCUGUGAACCCUGAGGACAGCCGAGCCCUGUCUGCAACUCUUGCCAUGUAGAAUGCCCGCAUUUUGCCUGCCUGGUUGAAGGUGAGAGUCUAGGCAUCCAAAACACCUGCUUUUUCUUUUUCUUUUUUUUUCACAUCUUGUAAUGUAGGGCAGAUCCUUUACUUUCUCAUCCUCACUGGAGAAUGAGAGCAGGCUCGAGCUCCAAGGCAUCUGCACAGCCGGCUUCGGUGCUGGGUCCUGAGUCUAGGGUAUUCGGUGGUCUCGCCCCAGCCCCCGCUACAGGUUUCCACGUUGAGUUGUCUUGCUGAGCCCCCUCUCCUUGACUUGCUUAUGUCAACCCUGUCAUUUGGAGGAAGGACCUUAUAAUUAUUUAAGGUCAUGUUUAAAUAUUUUCCCUUUGUUUGGACGUGAUACCAAGACGGAGAAAAGAGGGAAAAGCGUGUUAGAUGCCAAAAAUGAUUGUGGUGACGCAGAAAUGGACUACAGGCUUGGCCCAGCCGGGCUGUGGGGCUGCUGGUCACCUGGAGCCCCGCGGGGUCCAGGAGGCAGCCUGGAAGUUGAAGUAGAACUUCUAGAUUCCUCCCCCUGCCUGCCCCCCCCCCCCCCGCCCUUCCAGGAACAGGAAUUCUGGAUCUGGAUCUGGUUUUGGCACGUCGUCUGGGUUGAUUUCCAAGUAGAAUUCGUGCUUUUUCUAGGUCCCACACCCAGUUUGUGGUGAGGGCUCCAGUUACACUGGACCUCAUGCGCCUUUGCCCCUUCAAGAGGCUGUCCUAGCCAGGCCAGCCUGGGGCAGACCACGCAGGGAGGCCAGGCCUCCUUAGGCGGGAGUGGCGUGUUUGGAGGGCAGGUGACCUUGGGACGGUCCCAUUCCAGACACCAGCCUCCUGGGGGAGGUGGUGCUGGGUCAUGGGUUCUGGUCCGGUUUCCUCCUCACAUCUUGAGGAGGGAGGAUUUUGCCCAGAGACACACGGCCCUUCUUCUGCUUGGAGGGAGACCCCUCUCUUGCUCUCUGUUCACAGGGUCCUUUAGCUGAGUGGAUGGAGCUGUGAUAUUUUAAGGAGCCUCUGAGGUGAUCCUUGUGCGUUAGCCAGAGGGAGAAAAAGUGCCCUUUGGGGAGGAAAAUGGUACGGCCCUCCUCUUCCAUCUGGCUUUCCCUCCCCCCACCCCCAUCCCCUGAAGUGGUGUUUUCUGGAAAUACCUAUGCAAUCCAGUCUCCCUAGGAGAGCGAGCGCAUGGAAGCAGGGGUAUGUGCAGUGUAUAAUACAAAUACCACAGCAUAUAUAUUGUAUAUAUGGACAGAUACAGUCCGGAUACACACAGAGUAAGAGAUUAAAUCACGUCUAUAUAUCUAUAAAUAAUAUCCUAUAUAUUUAUACAUUUCUAUGUUUUAAAUAGAUAUAAAAAUAGAGUCUAUAGAGAGCUGGGAGAGCAACGGGAAAGCCUGUCGCCGUGCCGUGCGGGGGUUGCUGCGGAAGGCAGGCAGGUGUGCGGAACGGGGCCUCCUACCCAGAGUGUAGGGGAGGAGAGUGACGGGGUCCCCGCCCUCUCCAUGCACUUUCUCUCCUUCACUGUGGGCUUGGCUGUGGCCGCAGGGCUCCCCCGCAUCCCUCCUCACCCCCUGCGGUCCGACGCUUCGGUGGUCAGGGCUGCGUGGCACUGGGACGUGGUCUCUGGGCCCCGGUGAGGGGACCGCUGCACAGUUUCCCCCAAUACCCUCCCCCCCCCUCAGCCCCCACAGGAAUGAGCAGCCCCGGCGGCAAUAGGAAAGGUGCGCAUUGGACCCAGAGGGGCCCAGGGAGGUGGCCGCCCUCCCCACCUUAGGUGCUUCUGCUGCCCCCUGGAGGCCAAGCCUCUGAAGUAAGGCCGGCCCAGCCUCCCUCACCCCUUCCUGCACUGUGUGGGCCAGGGCCCCGGAGGGAUGAGGCGGGCACGGGCAGGGUCCAUCCGCCCCGGGGCAGGGGUUACCAGAGAAGGCCGGGAGAGACAUACCCACACACUCAUAACUUCAGUGGCAACUCAAGUUCAGAAGCAGGGCUUUGGCUGAGCCCACUUCGCACAGCUGCUGCUGUGGGCUGCACUCAGGACAAUGCUCCCCUCCCCGCCGCCUCCCGCGUGGAGGUCCAGCGACCCCCGCAGCUCACCGCCACCAUAGCGGGUAGGUUUAGUUCAUGUACACUGUUCUCAUUCUGUGACUCGAGGCAGCGGCUGAGCCGGAUGCCCCAAGCUUAUCCGCUUCCACUGGGGAGGGUGCCUUCCCUGGCUUGUCCCUGCUCCUACUGCAGGCCGGGAGGGGGUGUCUGGAGGCCUGGCGGGGAGGGGGGCACCACUGACUGGUGCGGCCGGUAGCAGGACGGAGGGCUUGUGCGGCCCUGACUGAAUCAGGAGCCCGUGUAGCUUCCAGGUUUCUCUCUACCGUUUCUUGGCUCUGGAGGUAGGAGAGGAGGGGCUGAUGGGGCGGCAGGUGACAGGAGACAGCCCGCGUUGGCUGCAUCCUCUGCGCCCCGCACCGGCCCGGGCCUUUCAGCUCUCCAAAGGCACUUACCUCUGUCCCCGAGCCUCCUGUGACCCUCUGACCCCAUGUCCUCCUCUUCCCUGCCAUCUACCAACGUACCUCAGUCUCCAGCAGACCCACCCCUACACCUGUCGUCUGGGGCAGGUCUGUUCUGCCAAUGCCCACCUCUUCUCCCCUCCACAUCUGCCUGGGUCUCCUUGAGCCACAGCUGGCUGCCAGCCGGGCCUCGGAACACCCUCCAGUGCCUCCAGAGAGACCAGGCCAGCCCGAGCCUUCCUGCGCGGAGGUGGGUCAGACCCGUGGCCAGGGGGUGGGCGUCUCCGGGGAGCAAUCCACGAUGCACUGUACCUCAGAGAGAGAGCAUACCCUGGGGCCUCACGGGCACCGGGCCCUCCGUCCAGGGGAGGACAGCCGGUUACAAUACUGCUCACAAGAAGACAAGGGCCGGGCUGCCCUCGGGCGCCCCUCCGUCUUCACUUUGGUCUCUGGGGAAGAGCCAGCAGUCUGAUCUGCUCUUUUUCGGGCCCUCUCUCCUUCUCUCCACCCCCACGCUGCUGAACCGGUUCAUUUCAAUCACAAAGGAAAAAUAAAGUGGGGGUGGGGGGGAAAUACUUAGGAGUCUAUUAUCACACACAUAUUAAUAUGUUAAUACUUUCUUUCUUAAAAAAAAAAAAAACCUCUCGAUGUUAUUAUUUUGCAGACUACGCUUUAUAGUACCUGUGUGGCGGGGCCUAGAACACUGGAUACAAAUAGAGCUAUGUUGGUUUAUCAUAAUAUGUACGCAGAAACUUUCCUUUUGUCAUAUUAUCCUUGUAAUGUAAGAAGAUUGUUAAUAAAAGCAUUUAAAUUGACUCACCAAGGUCAAAUCUCUGCCUCUUUGCCUCCAUCCCAGGCCUGGGCUCUGGACAAUUCAG